GUAAAAGGGGUCAGAUUACCUGUCCGCCAUCUUGAUUUUCGGAAUAUCACGCACGAUUCGUUUUGCCUCCAGUUUGAGGCUGUUUUCAAGACAAUUCAGCACAUCAGUAAUUGAUCAACCCCGUAAACAGAAAUGGACCAGAAAAACAGUGAGAUUGCUAUGGACCCCAGGAACCAGACAAACAGCAGCGACAAAUCAGACACGGGGAAACAGAAGGAUGAAAAGGGGAACAUCCCAUAUGGGGAAAAGAUCGGAGAAGAAUCUGACCAUCCUAACCUACAGGGUCAACAAACAAAGCAGUUAGACAGGCUUCCGGUUAAACGCUUUGCGUGUACGAAAUGUGAUUAUCGGGCAGCCACAAAAACUGAACUAUUGAGGCACACGAGAAGACAUACUGGUGAGAAACCCUAUAAGUGUGGAGAGUGCGGAUACAGGACGGCCGAUAAAUCUGCCUUAACCGUGCACAUGAGAAAACAUACCGGUGAGAGACCCUAUAAGUGUGACCAGUGCGACUAUUCUGCUGCCGCGAAGGAUACUUUAGACCAACACAUGACUACACACACCGGAGAAAAGCCCUACAUGUGUGGAGAGUGUGGGUACAGGACGGCUGACAGGUCCCGCAUAUCUGUACAUAUGAGAACACAUACAGGUGUGAAACCCUACAAGUGUGACCAGUGUGACUAUUCUGCUGCACAAAAAUCCAAUUUAGACCAACAUAUGGCUAAGCACACCGGAGAAAAACCAUACAUGUGUGGGGAGUGUGGAUACAGGACGGCUGUCAGAUCUAACCUAUCUGCACACAUGAGAGUACAUACAGGCGAGAAACCUUAUAAGUGCGACAUGUGCGACUAUUCUGCUGCAAAGAAAGACCAUUUAGAGUCACACAUGACCAAGCACACCGGCGAAAAACGCUUCAUGUGUGUGGAGUGCGGAUACAGAACUGCUCACAUGUCUUACUUAACCGUACACAUGAGAACGCAUACAGGUGCGAAACCUUACAAGUGUGACCAGUGCGACUAUUCUGCUGCAGUGAAAAGCAGGUUAGACGUACAUAUGGCUAAACACACCGGAGAAAAACCAUACAUGUGCGGAGAGUGCGGCUACUGUACGGCUCAUAGGUCUUACUUAACCGUACACAUGAGAUCACAUACAGGUGACAAACCUUACAAGUGUGACCAGUGCGACUAUUCUACUGCACAGAAAUCAAAUUUAGACCGACACAUGGCUAUACACACCGGAGAAAAACCCUACAUGUGUGGAGAGUGCGGAUACAGGGUGGCUGACAAAUAUACCUUAACCGUACACAUGAGAACACAUACAGGUGUAAAACCCUAUAAAUGUGACCAGUGUGACUAUUCUGCUACAACGAAAUGCCACUUAGACCAACACAUGGUUAGACACACCGGAGAAAAGCCCUUCAUGUGUGGGGACUGCGGAUACAGGGCGGCUUUCAAAUCUAGCCUAUCCAAACAUAUGAGAAAACAUACAGGUGAGAAACCUUAUAAAUGUGACCAGUGCAACUUUUCUGCUGCACAGAAAGGAAAUUUAGACCAACACAUGGCUAAACACACCGGAGAAAAACCCUACAUGUGUGGGGAGUGUGGAUACAGAACUGCUCACAAGCCUAACCUAUCUCGACAUAUGAUCAAACAUACAGGUGAAAAACCUUUCGUUUGUGGGGAGUGUGGAUACAAAACGGCUGAGAAGUCUAAUUUAACAAUGCAUAUCAAAAGGCACAGGGGUGUGAAAGCUUACAAGUGUCACCAGUGCGACUAUUAUGCUGCAACGAAAGGCGAUUUAGACCAACACAUGGCUAAACACACCGGCGACAAGCCCUACCAGUGCGGAGAGUGUGGGUACAGAACUGCUCGCAGAUCUAACCUAACCGUACAUAUGAGAAAACAUACAGGCAAGAAACCUUACAAGUGUGACCAGUGUGACUAUUCUGUCACAGAUAAGAGGUGUUUAAACAAACACAUGGUCACACACGCCUCUUGAACAACAACAGUUUGUCUCCUCCAUGAACAAGUACGUUAGGCCUACACAUGGUCAAACAGUCUCAGAAAGACGGAAGAAACGAUGGGAAGACAACAUGGAGAAUGGACCGGGUAGAGUUAAGCAGAAGCCAUAAGAGCGGCGGAGAACAGAGACAGG